GGAUCUGAAAGAUUGGUUUUGUUGAGAUAAAUUUGAGAUGGGUUUUGUAGACAAAUGUACCUCUGUGUUUUAACUUUUGUGGCUGCUGCUGCUUCAACUUGUACUUGGGCGCUGACUGCCGCAUUGCAUUUUCGAUUUUCGUGGAUCGAUGUGUCUCCCGCAUUUUACACUGUUGUCGUGUGGACUUUCGCCUGUUUUUUCCGUUGUUGUUGACAGACUCUGCUAAUUGGCAGAAAAAAAUGGAGAUGCGGGGUAUCGAUCCCCGUACCUCUCGCAUGCUAAGCGAGCGCUCUACCAUCUGAGCUACAUCCCCGAUGGUCUGUGUCGUGAUUCAGAAUCAAACACAAAACUAGAAGAACUGGAUUAUAACUUGCGUGCUCCUAAUGUGAGGGAAGGCGUCUGGGACGUGAACCAAAAGCCGUCAGGAAUUGGGAACAGAACGCUACACGUGUUCGUUUAUUCUUCUGUAGUUCCUGGUUCAUUCAAGGGAAAGGGGCGUUGUAGGGUUUACCGCGACAUGGUAUCCAUGGUGGAGUGUAAUUUUGAGUGCACAGUUUGGAGUUUGAGCUUAUAAAUAUCCACCAACACUAUGGACAAGAACAUGGUGGGAAGCUACAAAUCUUGGUGUUUCUUUUUCUGCUUUGAAUUGUAGCACAGGAGUAAAGAAUCAAGGAUGGAAAAGGAGCAGGAAUUGGAGUGGCCUGAAGCACAGGAGAUUGCAAUAAGGAAAGACUAGACUUGGUAGCUGCAGCUACACAGCAGCUACGGUUCCUUGUAGAGAUCGACAGGCAUUGCCAACUCUAUGAUGGCCCUGGCUUUAGAGCGGUGAUAUUUAUAGGGAAAUAAACUAACCAAGUUCUGCAAUUUUUUUCUAGAUAGGACUUUUAACAUGUUCAAUAGUAUUUGUUCGCAAAUUUUCCAAUUUCAGUUAAACGCUUUGAGGAAGAAGGUGGAUGAUUCCAAGAAAAUGUUUGUGGAGGUGGUUGUGUGAGAUGAUCUUGCCACCAUCAGUUGUUACAUCUUAAGACUUGCGCAGUAUAGACACUGAUUUCUUUAAGGUUCUGUUUGAAAGUGUGGGUGUCACAGGCUUACCUUGCAGGCACAAAAAAAGACCUCUUUUUAACAUUCAGUGAGAAUCACCCAGAUGUGUUUUUCUAUGGCAAGAGAAGAAUAAAUAUCUAGUCCGAGGCAGAGGAGAAACAAGUUGCCAAUUUUCCAAUGUGAGCCCAUAGGAGGAACCUGGUCGGUCAACUUGUGACAUAAUCUUCUCCUCUGCAUCUGGAAACGCCUUUUGGAGUUUUUGGGGACAGCUUCAAUAUCUUUAGAAGAACAUACGAAACCAUGUUCUCCACUCUAAGUCGAGAAGUGGUUUGAAUUGAGGCCAAAUUCUGGAACUGUGGGUUCACAGCCAAUUAAUCGAGGGAUCAUAUCCCAGCCUAUUAAUCUAGGGAUCAUACUAUCGUUCCCUCGUCCAGUCCAAGCGCCGGUCAUUCUGUACCUUGUUGCUCAUCAACAGGAAUUUUUGGAAUGACCACAUCUAGAGAAACUCAUCUACUCGCAGAUUUUGAUGGAACAGGAUGGUCUCUGCCAAAUUAUGGCCGGUGGUUUCAGAUUCAGAAUAAUUCGACAACAUGGGUCACUUCUUUGAGCUCAAGCUUCCAGGAAAUGAGGAUCUAUUUCAACCCACCUUAACCAUACAUGCUUGGAUGAAAUUCUGACAAGUCCAGACAUGGAAUCUUUCUGGAAAAACCAUAUUAAUGCAUUUCCAUCUUAAGAUUUCUACUCUUGCUGAUUUUAAUAUCUAUUUUUUUCCCUUCAGAUGCUUAUUUUACUUGGUGGAAUCAUGAAGUACAAAAGGGAAGGUGUGAGAAGGGGGAAAAUGUACAAGAAGAGAUCUCAAGUAAAGGAUGCGACUUUAGCUGGGUGAUGAUGUGCAUGCAAUAGCUGGGAAAGGUAUUGAAGUUGCUGAGAAUAGCGCAUCCAACGGAGAAUGUGGCACUGGGCCUGAGGCAACGUUGAUUUCGGUGGAGGAGAUAUAGUAAAGAGCACACAGUGCGGAGGCUGCGGUGGUUGCGCUGAGGGGGCUGUAGAGGUGGUGUGUGGCUGGGCUACGACCCAACCCAAUAAAAGGCCUUUAUUUUCGGUUAAGUUGCUUCAAACAACGAGCGAGAAGGAGAUCAUAACUUUUCGCAAACACGCGCCAAAAAACAGGGGUAAGACUUCCUAGAUCAAUUAGCUCGUUGGAGCAGCGACUCGAUAACAAAACAACAGUAAUGGUGAAAGCGGUGGUGGGAGAUGAAACCCAACUCAAUUUAGCCGAAGAUCGCCUCAGCCAAUCUGGUCUCACCUCUCAGGUGGGUCUGGUUAUAGGCAAGCUCAGCUCUUCGUUGGACCGGGGCUUCGUCUAUGAUUUGGUCCCUACCCCUCCCAAUGAUGCCGGUGAGCCAGCUUGUUCGCUUAUCGAGACCACUACCGCCGCCACUUUCAAAGAUGACAAGAAAAAGGGAUCCAAAUCCAAAUCACAGCCCGCCGAUUCUUCCACCUUGGCUAUCGAUAGAGAUUGGGUCGCCGAGCAUGCCCGCCAAGUUUCGCGAAUGCUAGUGGGUGGCAUGAAUGUGGUUGGCAUUUAUGUAUGGAUUAGUGAUUCCUCUUUCAAGAAUUCGACUAUUACGCUUUGCCAGCUUUUGCAGACAGUAAAGGGAGUUGCGGAAGCUGCACCCAUCCAGGAGACUGAUUAUGAUAAAAGGCUGCUUAUUCAUAUAUCUUAUAGUCCAAGGAGGUGGACAUGUCGAAACUGUAUUCUCUCUUCAAAUAUUACGUCAAGCAGCAUACGGCCUUGCGAUUUCAAAAUGGGAAGGGUCUUAAGUUUGCUUCAGACGUUUAAGUGCACAUAUAACUUCAAACUCAGCUUGCCCAUAUGUCAAGAAAAUACAUCAAAGUCCUCAACGUUGAGUGCGAUUCUGCGUCAUGGAAUCUCAGUUCAUGCAAAAGAGUUAAGAAAUGCAAUUGCUUUAAUUGACGGGAAUCUGGUUGUUAAUGAAGAACCUUGUAGUAAUGAGGGUUUGCAUGAAGUUGAAUUGCUUCUACCAUUCAUGAAGAAUACUCAGGCUGAAGCAUGCAGCCAAAAGGAUGCCGUCGGUGUUCUCAUCUUCAGUGGGUCAGUGUGCUCUUUUGCAUACUUGAACCCUAAAGAACCAGUUUCACAGGCUAUUGCUGAUAUAAAGGAUGAUAUUAUCAGGAGUCUACAAAGCAGACUGGACAUCAUCUGUGAUGAAGCAGAUGAAGAUCCAGGCCCAAUAGGUGAAGAUGAUAGGGAAGCAAUCCAACCGUCUGAAAAACCUGUUUCUAGACUUAUCUUGUGCUUGUUGAGGAAGACAUGCAGUCUUGCGUUUCCCCGAAGGUUAUUUAUUCCUUGGUUAGCUGGUACAUUUAUAUGUGACUAUUUGCAACCAUCUGAGACGCCUGAGGUCCUAAAAGAUCAUUGUGUUGAGUUGAUGUCCAUGGAAGCUCUCGCUGAUGCUUCAACUAUUCUCCAACCAGAAGUAGAAGCUCCUCCAAUGGUUGCUAAAUCUUUUUGGAAUGUUGGAGUCCCAGGUCAUUCUGCAUCUAGCUUUUCUGUAGAGAAGAGCAGAAGGAUUGACACAAGUGGUGCGCUUAGUAGCACUGGAAAUAUCAAAUCAAUAAAUUUCAAAAUGUUGGGUGCAUUUUUCUUCCUUAUUCUGUCUAUCUUUGUCGGAUUUCUGCUUCUCAAGCGAUCAUAGCUUCAGUGGAUUUUUCACUUAAAAAUCAGUGCUUUUCUUUUUAUAUAGUUCUUUUAAGGUUAUGGAGUUUCCUCUUCUUAGGUGAACCCUUAAGGUUAUGGAAUGUCUUAUUGUUCGAGUAAAUUUUGACUUAUAGGCAAGGAUAAGAACUUUAUUAUUGUUAUUUUCUUAAAACUGCCAACGUAUGUUUGAUUGUUAGAAAGUUGCUUAUUACAUCCC